GAGUGUGUCUAAGUAUUACCCCACGUUCCCGAAAGUCGGACCGCGCCGCGUUCAAACCUCAAGCUCUCUCGGACUGACAACUGCCUAACCUCCCUCUAUCCUUCUUAACGGGCGCGACUGAACGAGAGCUUGGAGGGUCCUUCUACGAUCUUGCGUAUCCUCAUUGAUUUCCCCUCUAUUCAGACGUUCCUGCGGCAAAAAGAGAGCAACAUGGAGAACAGUGCAGCUGUCCAGUUCCUCGAGUCGCUUCUCGGGCGAACACUCCGCAUACACACGACUGACACGCGCAUGUUCGUGGGAACCUUCAAGUGCACUGACGCGGAUAGGAACAUCAUCCUCGCCGGGACAUGUGAAUACCGCUUUCCUAGCCCUUCCGCGGUUCAAGCUGCGGCUGCUGCUGCUGCAUCGAAAGAAGAUGAGACGCAGGUUACGAAGGCAGAUACGAUUAAGGUGGAUAUGACUAGCCGACUGAUCGGCCUUGUCGUCGUACCGGGGCGAUAUAUCACGAGGAUCGAAGUGGAGGAGAAUCCAGAAGAGGUUCGUCUGCGCGAGCAGCGAAAGGGAAUUGCGACUUGACAGACGUCUGUAUCACUUUGAGCCUUGUUCAAACGGGGAGCGUUCAGCGUGACCGGUUCUUCGACCGUUCUUCUGGCACAUACUUGUGAGAACUGGCGGUGUCGAGCUCCUCCGGCCAGAACAACCUGGCUACUUGACGUAUCUUACUACUCCGUGUCUUGCUCGCAUUUCUCUACUGCGUUGCUGCGCUUCCUGCCUUGGCAACUGUGCGGGCGCGUGGACCACUCCAACCU